GCGCAUGCGAUCACACAUGGACUCUACAGUUCUCCAUCGAUUCGCGUCUCCUUUAGGCGUCAACAAUUCCAACGUGUCAGUUUGACAAUUUUCACUCCGGAGUGCCAAAAAAUCAUGUCAUCCGCCGGAACUCGAGUGGCCGUGGUCACUGGGUCCAACAAAGGAAUCGGCUACGCGGCCGUGAUGGAAUUGUGUGCCAAAUUCGACGGGACCGUUUACUUGACGUCGCGGGACGAAGGGCGCGGCCGGAAGGCGAUGGAAGAGCUUGAAAAACUCGGAUUGCAUCCGGCCUACCACCAAUUGGACAUUGACGACGAGUCGAGCGUUUUGAAAUUGCGCGAUUUUCUGGUCGACACCCACGGCGGGCUGGACGUGCUGGUGAAUAACGCGGCCAUCAUUUUCCCGAUGAUGACGCCCAAGGAGGAAUUCGUCGAAUCGAUUCGCAAGACUAUCGAUACCAAUUUCUACCACACGAUGAGAGCCUGCAAGAUCCUCUUUCCCAUCCUACGACCUCACGCUAGGGUCGUUCAUUUGACCAGCGACGAUGGCCAUUUGCUGAAAAUAUCCGGCCGGGAACCGGAAGCUGCUGCCUUGAGGCAGAGAUUCUGCUCUCCGGAUUUGACAGAGCCAGAGCUCUGCCAAUUGAUGGAAGAAUUUAUCGAGGCUGCUAAGAAUGGAGAUUAUUAUGAACGCGGAUGGCCAGAUAGCGUCAAAGAGAGGGAAGAUACAUGGCCCAACGAAGGCUACAUCGUUUCAAAAGUCGGCAUAAGCGCUUUAACUCGCAUUCAUCAACGUCAAUUCGAUCAGGACCCGCGGGAAGAUUUAACUGUCAAUUGCGUCCACCCUGGUUAUGUUGUCACAGAUGCCACUUACCAGAAAGGAGAGAAAACUAUCCAAGAAGGUGCCGAGGCGGCUUGUUGGUUGGCUAUGCAACCGCCAUCUUCAUCGGCCAACAAUGUACCGAAAGGUGCGUACGUUUGGCACGACAAGCAACUCGUCGACUGGGUCAAUGGACCCCUUCCAUCGAUUUAUUAAUUACAUUUUGAAUAGUCUUCACGGCUAUAAUACGAUUUUCGGUGUUAAAAUACGCACACAUCCGAGUUGGAAUUUCAAAAUAAUUCUGAUUUGUAUUUGGCUUGAUAUACGUAACUAACUUUCGCCCCUAAAUGGACUUCAUAUUUUAAAUCCGGUUCGAUUUGAUUCCUUCAAUGUAAUAAAAUUAUCCGUGUUAUAAUGAAAUCGAAAUCAAUCUAAUUGGAAAUACAAUGCAAAUCACACG